AUGAACAUCAGCCGGGGGAGUAAUGCGUUUGUCAUCACGGUUCUUCUGUUGCUACUUCUAGUCCAAGUCGGUAAGUUUCAAACUUUUGCUAGGGCGUACGUACUUCAGCAUUGAUGCAGUGAACAGGUUCCGAAAAGAGGAUCUUCCUCUAGACUUUGGUACGUUUCAUCUAAUUCAUACGGCUAGAAUUGAAAGAGAUACGAAAGGAUAUAUAGCCGUCGAUCCUCACCAGAGAACACCAGUUGGACUAGCUUCUGUGCUAUUUUUCUUUUUUUGUGGGAGAGACAUGAUUGUCAAACGGCCACCUGCGAUCGGGUUCUACUGUGGAGCCCUGUCCAGCUGGGGCAUUGAGUUGUAUUCUUGGGCAAGAAAACAGUCGCACACUAAGUGGCAAGUUUGAUAAAAUUCCUGGAUGUUCACUUUGAUAAUGUAAUAAGGCUCCAAAUUGCUGAAACUGAGAUUAGCUCCGAUAGUGAGACUCCAAAUCCCUUCAUGCCAAUGAAAUUGGGAUAAUACCUUCGAUUGUAAUGGGUGCAGUGAACUCGUAAAACUUAUCCUACUUGUACCAUUUACCAACAGCCAUUAGCUUCAGGCCAGCGAUUCUGGGUGAGCCUGAAGACGUGACAGUAACACCAAGCACAACAAGGCCACAAGCGUUCACAAUCCUCUGCAUCAAGUCUGUAGGUUCGUCAGUGGCUUGGUUUUUCAAGGGAAGACCAGUAGACAUCCGUAAUCAGGACUUCAGGGUAACAAGUGACGGGUCUCUUCAUGUAAAGAAUGCAGUCAAAGAGAGAGAUGAAGGGUCCUAUUACUGCCUGGUGUCCAGCGGAAAUAGAGCGGUUCGUAGCAGAACAGCUACCGUUAAAUUUGCGUGUAAGUACUUCAGGAUUUACUCUCAAAGCACCGCCUAACCACUCUGAGAAGGCCAAACUCAGGAUAUUAAACUUAUCGAACAACUCUUUCAUGAUAUGCGUGGGUUUCACCGUUUGGCACGCCUCUGUACCAAGUCCGCGUACUUUAUAUUUCAAAGCGAAUAUUUAUGUUAAGGAGUGUGGGGGUACUUUAAUGUAAUGAAGUUCAUUGCAUCGUGGAAAUUAUAGCCUAAAUGCUGUACCAACGAGCAUUCUGAACACGGCACUACUUACCAGUCAGUGUAUGCAUGGAUGAGACCUUAUCUCAUCCAUGAUAAAACCUCUACUCUAGGGACACCAAUGUUCAAAGAAAGGACACAAACUUUGGUCCCGCCUAAUAAGAUGCUCUUGUAAUAUUUGUAACUGUGACCGUGAUUGAAGGGAAGUGUGUCUCUGUGGAACACUUUCCUUCGUGCCAAGGGUCAUCUCUCGAUGAAGGUUUUACUGUAUUUAGUGUGGACGAUGAAAUAAGAGUCAUAGCUCCAUGCUAAAUUCCAUGCUGCUCCUCUCCCACUUCCUGAUAGUUGAUGCAACCAAUCUCCUUCCUUAUCAGAUCUUGAUUCAUUCACUACCCGCGACAAGAUGGUCUCCAUGGAAGAAGGGGACUUCCUCUCCAUAAAGUGUAUGGCUCCUGACUCUUUUCCACAUCGUACCGUCCAGUGGUCAAAGGAGAUAAAUGGGAAAAAACAGCCAGUGAGAUCGUCAUCGCACCUGACAAUCAGCGAAACCAAGGACUUGCAUUUUGCAUUUUUGAAAAGAUCAGAUUCUGGCGUCUAUAUCUGCACUGUAACAAACCUCUUCAUACUAAACAGUGUGGAGAGACAAGUUUCUCUGUUCGUAACACCAGGUAAGAACAUUAAAGAAGGAAACAUUUUCUUUGAUAUUUCACCUUUCACAGUCCUAGGAAAACAAUUUGUAGGGCUCUCUUUUUUCAAUUGAAACCAUUGGGUAUCACUUACAAUCUAAGACAAUCUGACCGACAUGGCAAAAUAGUUUAUCCCCCAAUUAUUUGCAAGUGUCAGGUUCUACACGAUUAACCAUCUUAAAAGGGCUGCUCGAGUUGCGUCUUGUAUAGUGAGAAGAUUUCGUUAAAAAUCACUAUCGUUGUAAUGCCUUUUUCCUUCAUAACAGCAACAAAUCAGCUUAACAAGCCACCUAGAGUUGCCGACGACUUUAGCAGCCCAAAGAUAGCCUUGAAAGGAGAGAAAUUUGUCUUGGAGUGCAUUGUUUACGGAAAGUAAGUGCAGUUAGAACAUAAAUCUUUACAGCAUAAAAUGAAAGCCUUAGUCAUAGAACCUUUCACAAUUGAAGAAGUGGCAACAGAAGAAAUAGGUAGGGGGGCAACAGCAGAGGUAUACUACGCAGUGGCAGCUAUGGAAACAGAUAAAUAGGUAACAGUGCCACCUUCGGUAACAUUAGUUGUAACAGAAGCGGUAGACAAAGAGUCGGUAGUAUCAGAACUAUUUGCCGGAUUACUAGAAGUAGUAGCAACAGUGGCAGUGACAACAAUAGAAGCGGUGGUAGUACAAAAAAACGCAUUUCUUGUAACAGCAGUGGUACUUGCAGAAACAGUAAGAGAACCUUAGAUAUAGCGGUAUGAUAGGUUAAUAAGUAGUGGACGAAUAAGUUGUGGUUUAGUUCAUAAAUUGCCGUAAACGGGUUGGCAAGGUCUCGCCGGGUUUCAGGCAACGUGACGUUGCAAAAAUAGUUUACAGUCUCUUCAGUUGUUCAUCGAUAAAGCUCAACAUUGUCAAUCUUUCCCUCAGACCAGUUCCGAAAAUCGUCAUGAAGAAAAAAGGGAUUCACACUGCACUUGGGAAUACGACAGGAAACGUUAACAGACUAGUGAUCAACAGUUUUGGUCGUGACGACGCUGGGAAGUAUAGAUGCAGAGCCAGCGAUAAGGCAGGACAGUCAGACACCAAAACAACCGUGAUAAAGAUGGAAGGUAUAACUAUAUCACAACAUACAGUUGCAAUGUGCUGCGUAUUGUUUAGUGUGCUGGAACUUCUUAUAUUCUGGUGUCGAAGUAAAUUUACAAAACUAGAUUUUCCAGGUGAAUAAAGGGGUAAGUUUCUAAAGAAACUGUGGUGCCGCGUCAGUGGGAGAGUUUAAAAGGGUAAUUUAGCAUUAUCAACUGAGUUGAUAUCGUAAAUUGGCCACCGUAGAGAGUUUUAAAGGUGACAUUUGGAGCCUUAGCCCUCGCUCUCACGAAGGGCUAACGCUCGAAACGAUAGCUUUAAAACUCUUUACCGUGGCCAAUUCACGUCAUCAACUCAUUUGAUAAAAACUAAAUUACACUCGAUUUUCCAGGUUAGAGUAAUUCAAUUUCUUUUCCUCGUGGGAGUUUAAGGUGUUCUCCCUUCACCAUGGAAACGAGUUCACGAACUAAAAAUAAAACUUCCCAUUUACGACAUCAACUUUUAAACAACCUUGACCAGUGACAUACGAGGGUAAGAGUAAUGAGCACAAAACUAAAUGAAAAAUGUAAGCCUACGAUGGACUUACAUGCCAUCCCAAGGCGGUCCAAGACGGCAACGCAUCAUGUCGCCUACACUAGCCCGGGAAUAAUUAAUCAUCAGCAGCAUCAAUGAUGUACUCCUCCAAAUUCAAGGACCGAAACGUGCCUUAAACAUUAAAAAUCCGAUAGAGAACGAAAAUUUGCAAUUUUGCUUCUUUUGCAGCUAAACCAGAGUGGAUAAUAAAGCCAAAAGACAUUACAUCAGUCUCUAACAGCACAAUCACUCUGCCCUGUAUUGCUUUUGGUAUACCGGGCAUAAGAUACACAUGGUAUCGAAACGGCAAGCUGAUUGUACCGAAAAACAGGCAUGAAUUUUCACUGGGAAAUUUGACUAUCAAAGACUUGAGGCCUCACGAUAAUGGGAUAUAUCAGUGUUUCGUCGACAACAAACAUGGCCAACUACAUGCUGAUAUCAAGCUGACUGUAUCAGGUAAUAACAUAUAUAUUAUAUCGUCGAUGAAUCAAAGAAUACAUCAACGUUCAGUUAUUUGAUUGGACUCUCAUUUCACAGUGCCUCCCCAUCCCUGAGUAAACUGCCAAGUUCACAAGAAUUAUCGUGGAAACUUUAUGAAUAGCUAAGGAGGGGGGGGGGGAUGGGAAGGGGAAAGCUAGGGAAGGGUGGUACCAGUCCACGAAAGAAAGCAAUACUUCUAGUCGCUUCAAAAGCCGAGAUUGUUCCAACAGUAAUGACCCUUAGAGUUUACCUUUGCGUCACCAUUUUGAGUCACUUAUUAUUAAACAGUAUUCUUUCUACCAAAUUAGCAAUUCCCGCCGGCUUUGGCCUGGGGAGUAAAGCUCCACAGCUGACCCAAAGUGCCCUCAUGCAUUCAAGUGUGGAAAUAAUAUGUAACCCAACUGGUGAACCUAAGCCCGUCGUACGCUGGCGAUUUGGCGCCGCUUAUCUACAAAGCAAAGGAAGGUUUCAUAUUUCGUCAAACGGAAACUUAAGGAUCACUAACGUUACCAAAUCUGAUUCUGGGGAGUACAUAUGCGAAGCUUCCAACACACUGGGUAAAGCCUCCAAAACGGGAUUCGUCAAUGUUGUCGGUAUGCUAUAGCUUCACUUUGCAAUCUGUGGCAAUCUUCCCCAUCCUAAGUCAGCCUUGAUCAACUAACUGAUAUUUGAAUAUUUCCUUUUAUUUGAUGACAAUUUUCAACGAAUCAAAAAAAUCAAAUGAAAAAGUUUUGACCUAGCGAAAGGAUCCUACUUGGCCAGCGAAAUUUAGUGGGAAAGUUGGCACAAAAUUUUGAAGGUUACCUACUGAGGAGCGUUAGUCUCCUCAAACACUAGGAAUUCCGAUUUAAGAGUGUGGAGGCAACACUCUAAAUUAGCCUGAAUCCCUUCGUACUCGUGACAUCAAUAUUUGAGCAAAUCUCCUUUCCAUCCUAGAAUACAUCGUCGAAACUAAAAACAUGGAUGAAACGUUGACGGCUGUCCUUGGGAAAGACAUCAGAUUUAUGUGCGGUGUUAGAUCAGUUGGCAAAAUAGAGGUUACCUUCAAGUGGUUAAAAUUUUUUACCCAUGAAAUUGUGUCGAGUUCGCGUGUGAGAAAAACAAGAACAGAUAUCAGGAACAGUAUGUCAUCAACAAGUGAUCAGAGAGGAUACUUGAAGAUCACUAAAGUUCGAUACGGCGAUGCAGGGCUUUACUCCUGCGAAAUAAGGGGCAAUAACAAUAAACUGAUCGCCCGCAAGAAGGUCUUCUUGAAAGUCAAAGGUAAAUAGAGACGUUUCUGUAGAUUUACACUGUAAUUGUAGUUUUCAACAGAAACAGUGGCACACGAACCGCAAGUGUGUGGGUCUAAGUUUUUUCGAAACAACUUGUCAACGGGAAGGAAAACGUGGUAAAAAUGUGUUCAUAAUCAGUGUGAUGAAAUAUUCAAUGAUCCGUUUCCCUCCCUUCUCUGGUCAGUAACCAAAUAUGUCUGUAUUUUAAGGUCCUCCUAAUCCACCGACAGAUGUGACCAUCAGUCAAGGACACGCUGAAGGCGAACACGUCAACGUCACAUGGAUCCUCGGAAAAGCGAACGGCAGUCCAAUAAAGAAAGUGAUAAUCGAGCACACGACACAAUUUGCUCCUACGACAUGGAAUGUCAUUUCUAAUGAAUCUGAACCUCAGAAAGGAUGGGUACAGAUUGCAUUGUCUCCACAUGUAAGAUAUACUUUCCGAGUCGUUGCUGUCAACGACGUCGGUAAAAGCAACGCCAGCGCUCCGUCCAGUAGCUUCCAGGCACCAUCAGCAGGUGGGUUGACGCUCCUAGCUUUUUUUUCAAUGUAAGGAUGAUCACGUCACGUGAGAAUUAUGGUCACCCUGUGUUUGAAGCGCAGGACUCCAGAUGGAGAAGUCCGGAUUCCAGUCCUGGUCUGGUAAUUCAGGCCACUUUCGAUGUAAGCAAAGGGUCUGUUUCGACCGCACGGUUGAAGGCAGUUUUGACGUGCAAGGCUUUUGAUAAAAAAAAAAUGACUUUUCAAUCUCGUUGAAACAUAUUAUUAACUCUUUUUCAUAAGAAUGGUAUUGCACUUGACCUUAUUUUGAGAGUGAGGGAUUUUCGACUCAGAAAUAAUCUGCUGUGUUGUGUUCUUGGGCAAGGCAGCGGAACUAACGUGUAGUCUAGAUAUGUAAUCAUUAAUAUAAAACAUCUACACUGCUCAUGACAAUCACAUCUGGUGAUCAACGCAAAACAAUAAGUACUCCUAUUCCGAAGGCCUCUGUUUUAUAACUUUGGACGUUCUACUCGUCAUUCACAGCACCUACAAAGUAUCCUCUUGACGUGAAGGGUGAGGGGAUUGACGCAUCUACCCUAAAGAUUACGUGGCAACCCAUUCCACCCAUACACCACAAUGGACCAGGUUUCUACUAUAUUGUUUAUCACAAGCGAACGGACCGCAAAGGGCAGCCGACAAGAGAUGAGGUCAGAAAUGGCUCCACCUUCUUCAUCACUGGCACUGAUUACUACGUGAGGUACACGAUCCAAAUACAAGCAGCAAACAGCAUUGGCUUUGGACCUAAAAGUCCGGAUGUCAUUGCUUUUUCUGGGGAACAAGGUGCAGUCAUUUUACAGCAUAAUUGUCUGAAGUAUUUGUGACGUUGUCUAAACACCGUUAUACAAAUGCCGUAACAAAUGUCACCACCUUUAGACUUUUUUGUUAUCAGUCGACUGAACAGUCGUACGGUAACACGGAAUCUAUUUGUUUUAUAUUAAAAAAAGAGAACGUUUCUAAUGGUGGCGUCAUCUACGCGUCUGUCUUCCAUCAGAUCAUAUGUAAGAACCAAUCUAAAUGAGUGUUGAUUAACCAAUCAGAUACUAAAUCAUACUGAAUUUCUGAUGCAUUUUAUUUCGAUGCUACAGUGCCGGUGGGAGCCCCCAGGGAUCUUGAUGUCCGUAUUACAUCUCCAAAUUCAGCUUAUGCGACAUGGACGGGUGUCCCUGAUAAGAGAGAGACAGCCCGUGGCAAAUUGUUAGGGUACAAGGUAAGUACAUUUAUCCAAUUUUUUUUUUCAUUUUAAAUUGAUUUUAUGUUCUACUUGUCUUUUUCAAUUCAUUUUGUUUUGUUUGUCGUGGCAAGCUUAAGCAAACAAAUGAAAAGAUGAAACUAUUUUUUGGUAAAUGUAGCACAUUUGUCAUGUGUUGCUACCUUUCUGGUGACAUAUAACUUCUUCGGUGAUAAAACUGUUGCCAAAUGUUAAAACGCGUCAGCUAACAAUGGUCUCCUGUUCACAACAAAUGUAUGCUAGCCAACACCAAGGUUACAAUGCUGGCACCGAGUUGUCGUAGAGUUACGUGUUCACUUUAUCACCCAAGCAACAUGUCCUUUAUCAUGCUGUUGAUGGUGUUUUCAUCCGAUAUUUAUUCUGGUCAUGCGUAACAUCUAGCAUCGAAUGGCAUAGUAACGAUUUGAAUAUAUGUCGGAACUUAAUCGAAAUUUUGUUUUACUGACUGACUAAGAACAGACUCCUCCCAAUAGAUUUCAACAACUAUCGAUACCACACAAACGACCUACACAAGACAUGCACGAUACAAACGAACCGAACAGAACGACCUAAUCAAGACCGACUUACACCAUUCGAGCCUUGCAGCCAAUAGCAUCUUACCAAAACUUACUAUCAGCUAUCACAAACUAGGUUUAUAAUACUCGAUUUAGAAACAACUCCUGAGAAGGUUAUAACAAUGCUUCACGAUAAACUUUGACUUAAAAACCAUCCCUGUAUUUAGAUAAAAAUCUGCACCAAAUCAAGAAACAGUUAUUCAAGGAAUAAAUGCAAGUGCAAAUGACUUUUAUUGGCAAUUUGGUACCCAAUUUUUUUCCUUUUCAUUUCAGGUGUAUUUCUGGAAAGCGCCGAGCGGUCAGACUCCCUACCAAGCUGAGGUCGAGUCAACUAGUGAAACGUCUGUCAGUUUACAUCUGCAGCCUUACACAUCAUACAGAUUUCAAGUUGUUGCUUACAACAGAAUGGGUGAUGGACCAGCAAGUAAUGUCAUAGGUCCUUUAACAACACCUGAAUCAAGUAAGUCCUUGGUAUUGAUCAUCUCAAGCUAAAGCAUACGCUGAUAACUUACUACAUCAAAGUAAAGAAAGUAAUUCCAGAUAGAACAAGCUAGAAUAUGAAAACAGUUUCAAAUGCCACCAAGAACCCGGAGAUAUCUUAAUUCUGAGUUUUUAGUCCACUUAUUUCUUUGUUCUGCUUUGGUUUUUUUUUUUUUUUUUUUUUUUUUUUUUUCAAUAAUUUUUCACCCACUGAAUUAAAGUUGUAUAUUCACACUUGCACAGAAUUAAAUGGCACCAAUAAUUAUACUGGAUUAUGCAGCCAGGAAAAUGGACAAAGGUUUCUUUGUCCAGAAAGUUGUUAGUACACAUUAAUCCCUUUCCUUUGUUUACAAAUGACUGUUUAUCACCUUGAUUCUUAAUUCUUGAUUCUCUGGUCUCGUACAUCGUCCUUGCAAAGACGAGAAUUGUUAUUUCAGGCUUUUCCUGUAUUCAGGAAAGGUACAAUUUGCCAUUUCAAUAGCAGAGUUUAAUUUUCAUUUAGCACAAUAGCUUUUAGAGUCUGCACACUUGUUGCGUCUAGAAGUAUGCAUGCAUCUAUUUACUAAACAUGCCUAGUGAGCUAAAUAAAUUCUGGUCUUUUUUUUCAUUGGCAUCUCAGUUCUUGUAUGAAUCUCUGAGUUACCAUGAUUUUAACUUUUAAACACUUAAACUCAUACCUUUUAAAUCUAAUGUUGAACAAGGUUGGAUCAAAAUGAUAAAACUAUUUACGUGAACUUGUUUACUUACUUACUACAAGUAGUGUGUGGCAACACCUUACGUUGUUUUUAUGUUGUUUCCAGUACCAGAUUCACCGCGAGGGCUGUCCCUCAACAUCCACAACCAAAGCUUCAUAAUACUUCAGUGGAGCCCACCUGAAAGAGCUAAUGGCAUCAUCUCUGACUACCGGGUGACGAUAGAGAAAGUACCAGUAACAGAAAUGACAAUGAGCGGAAAGACAAACAACAGUAAUCCACGAAUGAGACUCCCCCUGCUCAACCUGCAGGCGAGGUACAGAUUCUCAGUUCUGGCAAUCAACAGAAUCGGGGCAGGUCCACCGCUGGUUGUAGAAUUUGAUCUCACAACAGGUUAGUAAUAUCUUUGACCAAUAAAUGACCAGACAAACCAAUUCUUAUCUUUAACUAAAAAAAAUCCAAUGUUGAAAAUACCAUUUGUUUCUAAAAAGGCACAUUAACCAAAUAUACAGAGUACCAGUUAGAAGGUCCAACACCAAGGAUCUUCGGCAUUUGGGGGUUUUCCAGGGUCACAGGUUUCCUGCCUCCCCCCCCUCCUCUUCCACCCCCAACCCCCCGUCCUUAAAGUAUAAAAUGAAAGUAAAGCUUGUGAAGUAAUUUACCAUUAAUUUCUUUCCUGAUUUCUUAAGGGUAGUUAUUACUGAACAUUGCAAAUGCUACGCCACGUCGACACUCAUUAGUACAUCAAUCCUGGCAAAAAAAACAUAUCACUUUGGUAAAAAGUUUCAGAACUCCAACAUUUUGUCGCAGAAUGCCCUUUCAAAAACAUUUAAGCAUUGUUAGAAUGAGAAUUAUUACCUGGCAUGUGUAUAUAACAGAAGUAGCAUAUUUCUAUAUCACAACUUUUUUUCCUUUCAGCACCUAAAAUAUCUCCCCAAAAUGUGACAGCAAAUUUUGACAACCAAAACAACGAGGUAGUUUUGAACUGGAGAAGUUCCCUGCAAGACAUAGAAGGAUUCCGGGUAAGCAAAGCACAAGCAUAAAUGUAUUAACCCUUUAACCAGCAUUAGCGACCAAAACAGAUUUUCUCCUUACGGUACCAAUACAAAAUCACGAAAAUAAGUAAUGAGAAUAAAGAAAAAUAUCAACUAGGGGGUAUUAGAUGAUCUAAUACCAAAUUCUUUAAAUUAACAUCAUAAUAAUUGAAUGGAGCACAGUAAGGAGACGUACUAAUGAGUUCCUAUUAAGAUCUUGGCAGAGAAAGUGUAAAUCUAAUACUUUAAAAGAAAAAUUCUUUGAGGAGUAAGGUUGCAUGUCGAUCAGCCUCAAUCAUGGUUUCUGUCGAUAUUUCCCUCAGAUUUUUUACUGGAGUUCUCUAAGGGAUAUACAUACUGUCGACGUUGCAAAAGAAAGAAGAAGAAAAGAAAUCGCUUUUGGUCUGGAGAAAGGACACAUCUAUCAUUUUCAGUUGGCAGCUUUUAAAAUAGUACAUGGUGGACACUACAUACUGGGUCCGAGAUCACAGGAGGUCACAGCAGGAAAAAGUAAGAAAUGAAAACCAACAGAUCGUGUUAUUUGGUCUGAAGAGAUGAUAAAAUGAUAACUCACGUUUCCGACAAAACAGAAGUCUCAUAUAAUGUGUACAACGGUAGCUAUGGGUUGAAACAAAAGUGAGCUACUCACUGUUCCGUUCCUCGAAGUAACCGAAAAUCCCUAUACGAAAACGCAUUGCAGAACCCAGAUCCCAUCGAAACGCCUGACUGAAAACGUAAAAUGCAGGAAAUGUUUUGGAAGUGUGAUUAAAUUUUUCUUUCUUAUUUCAUUCGAGUUUGUCUCAAUUGUGUUUGUAAUGGUUGGUGUGAAAGGCUAUUUAGACAAACAAGUCAUGAGGGAAGAGAAAAUUUUAUUUUUAUGGUCAAUGAGUUUCCCUAUCAUCGUAAUUGAUAUUGUCAAUUGGCCACCAUAGAGAAUUUCUAAAGCUCAACUGAUUGAUUGAUUGACUGAGGAACUGACUGACUGACUGAUCGCUGACUGAUUGACUGACUGACAAACUGACCAACUGACUUAUGAACUGACUGUCUGACUGACAGACACUGAGACAAACUAAGCGACUUAUACAACCGACCGACUGACGGGCUUAAUUACUCACUUGGUGGAUGCUUAAAUUUUUCGCAGCAAACAGACUGGAUUCCAUAGCGACUUAAAAUAAAAAUAUAAUUUCCUUCCUUGCAGAAAAUCUAAAGGCAAGAAGGACAAAGUCGACGGGAAGUUUCACUGAUAGUCCAGGGACUUUACUUCUGUGUUCACAGUUGCUAUUCAUCAUUAGCUUUCAUUGGUUACAAGCCAGAUAGCAGUCAUCGAGAUUCAGAGUUGCUAAAAAAGGAUUGCUGCGUCAAUCUCUUCGGGAGAAACUACCAUAAAACCCCACGAAUAAGACGAGAUGUUCAUUUAAUGAGAGCAAGUGAUUACUUAGUUCUACAAACUUCAGAUAGAAAGUUUAACUCGUCUCUUGAACAGACUUAGACGGAAUAACUGGUUUUGAGCCCUGAGCUUUGUUAAUGUGAACAAUGUUUCAGAGUCAGGGAACAAUAUUAUUUCAAAUCAAGGAAGGAGGACAGAGAAUUCGUACCACGUUUUCCUGAAAAACUGAACUUCGGUUUUCAGUUUUUUUGGAAAGCGCCAACUAGAACAACUUCGUAAAUUAACCACGAGAAGGACUUCCAGUGCAGUGACGUUUACCACGUAGAACUAAAUAUUUGAAUAUUUAUUUUAAAUUACGUUGAUUCUGAAUGAAUGCCAUAUCGACAUGAUACAGUAAGAUGCUGAUUAAUUUAAAUGUUCUUCAUCUGACAAAGCUCCUUUCCAAUGUGAAUCCUAAAUUUCUAUCGUCCUAAUGAAUUUAUUACCAUCCCACGUGCACCCUGACACCCGUUUACCAGAGCGCAGAAUUUCAUUUCAGUUACCAAGCUAUAGGUAAAUAUUUAAAACAUUCGGGAAGUGUUUAUGGGACGGCAUGUUCGUUUCUAAGCUCUCUAUCUCUUUCUGCCUUUUUCUAAGAGAGGAAGUGGAUAGAAAAGCGACACUAGAACGAGAUGGGAAGAAAACUAAAGAUGUGCCAAAUAUUAUUCGAUGAAUAACAGUGAUUUGGUAACUGGACGAGGAUUGUCGUGAAUAAACCAAUGGAAAAAGGGCGAAAUAUUGCGCUUUAACAAGCAGGCACGUGUAAGGAAGAUGUCUCAAAUUUCCAUCAUUUCUGGCCUCCUAAAAAUUCACAUCAUCUCGGGAUUGCGCUAAAUUUAGAGUUUAUUCAGGGGUCUACUCACUAAUCAUCAUUAAUACGUGACUAAUGAACUCACCUAAGAAAUAAAAGUUCAAAAAAUAUUGGCGCACUUUCAAGGGUUUUACCUAAAGAUACUAAUGAGAACCAUUCAUGAUCUAUAUAUUCCGGUAUAGUGUUAAUUCAAAUCCACUUGUUUGCUAAUAAUCUAAGGUUCAGUAGGAAUGAACCGCACAAAUUGUCAUAGGAUGUAAUAUAAGAAUUAAUCUGUGAUAGUUUUAUGAAAACAUUUAAGAAAUAACAAUUAAUUGAUGUGUGCUUUAGCACACGGUUUGUUUAAAAAGAAACUUUUGAAUGAUGAUAUAGCCCGGUGCGAUGUUUGGGUUUUAGCCAAAUAAUUUUGUUUUAUAUUAAAUGAAAGUGUACAACGUAUAUCGUUUAAAACAUUAAAUGAAUAAG